AUGCUCAAGCGAGCUCUGUUGACUGGGGUACCCGUGGUGAGGUCGUUGGCGGCUCCUCUUUCAACUAGCACGACCAUCGCUCAACAACAGCAGCAAACUGGUGGAGAGAAAGCCAAGAAACCAACGAUUUGGAAGAUCGACGAGAAAAAGCGGGAAAAAUUGGCCUCUUUUGGACGGUAUGCAGCCGAGUGUCUUCCUAAAUUUGUGCAACAGGCUCAGUUUGCCGCGGGAGAUGAGUUAGAGCUAUUGAUUCAUCCAGAUGGAGUGAUCCCUGUGCUUUCGUUUUUGAGGGGAAAUCAUUCUGCUCAAUUCACAAAUCUCACCUUCAUCACAUGUGUCGAUGUGCCCACAAGAAAGAAUCGAUUUGAGCUCAUAUACGCCUUCUACUCGGUUCGUUUCAAUGCACGUGUUCGCGUGCGGACUUACACGGAUGAAGUGGCCCCAAUCGAGAGUGCUUAUUCGGUCUUUACUGGGGCUGACUGGUUUGAGCGCGAGAUUUACGAUAUGUACGGCGUGUGGUUCAACAAUCAUCCCGAUUUGAGGAGGCUUCUUACCGAUUAUGGCUUUGAGGGACAUCCAUUCAGAAAGGAUUUCCCCUUGACAGGAUACAAUGAGGUACGCUACGAUCCCGAGUUGAGACGAGUUGUUUACGAGCCAACCGAGCUGGCCCAGGAAUUCCGUCGAUUCGAUCUUGAGACUCCAUGGGAGUCAUUCCCCUCUUUCCGCAACGCUUCGAUCACUUCUGGCUAUGAGGUGAUUGACUUGAAACAACAAGAAGCCGAGAAGAAACAA